AUGGUGGCGAAGCAGCAGCAGCCGCCGCGAAAGGCGACUGCGACGGAGCCUUACCGCGAUCACUCGCACCUUACGGACGACGACAAGGAUCUGAAGGAAUUGAUGAACAAGGCGGACCAAGAAGGUGUCAAAGGAACUGACCAAUCUUUCCCCGUCAAGCUCCACCAGCUCUUAUCUGGAAGUGAGGAAGAUGGAUUCGCUCAUAUCGUUUCUUGGCAGCCUCAUGGCCGCAGCUUCAUUGUGAAGAAGCACGCGGACUUUGUGGAAAAAGUUCUACCAUGCUGCUUCCGCCAGACUAGGUUUGCCUCCUUUCAGAGACAGCUGAACCUUUAUGGCUUUCGCAGAAUUACGCAAGGACGCGACAAGGGAGGCUAUUACCAUGAGCUCUUUCUUCGUGGCCGUGGUUUGUUGGCCCUCAAGAUGCAGCGCACCAAGGUCAAGGGAACCGGAGCUCGCAAGGCAGCGGCUCCUGAGACUGAACCCGACUUUUGGAGCAUGUCCUUCGUCUUUGACAAGAAGGCCGCUGCUGCCCCCAAGCCGCCUCCGCCUGCUGCUGCCUCUCCCGUAGCCACCAUGCCGGCAGCUGCUACGUCUCCUUCCUUUUCGCCGGCAUCCGUCCGUCAGAGCGUCAACUUCCCCAGGUUGGCCGCUGCCAAGCCCUCUCCUUCCACUUAUACUUCCACUUUUCCGACUUCCUUGGUCGGAUUGAACGCGGGUGGGCUCUCUACGUUAAGUCCAAACCAGCUUGCUGGUGGGCACUUGUUGCCAAGUGCUGCCUCUUUCUUGGGACAGGCUGCGACCACCUUGCCGGACUUGAAUUCUCAGCGAGAGGCCAACGAGACCCGCCGUGCCAUGAUCGAGCAAAUGAUUGCCAUGUCCUCGCGCCUUCAGAGCCUCCGUGAGACCAACCGAAACUCCUUUCUAGGAACCAGCGGCAAUUCGGCCUCGUUACAGAGCAAUGCGUUGCUCCGAGCCGGGUUGGGUCAGCCCCAAGGACCGCUCCACCUGAAUUCCUUCGGCAGGGCCUGCACAUGUGCCAUCCCAGCAUUCUGA